AUCGACCGGCGCAUGAGCAUUUUAACUGUAGUCGAUAAUCCAUCGUAAAUUUCUAUCAAGCUUGCAAUCAUAAAAAUCAUACCCCGCCGAAAAGGGGCGGCGAAAAAAGGGGUAAGUGUAACGAACGACCAUGGUCGGUGGCCUGUGGCGAGCGAUAGGAGAAACAGAGACGGGGAAUACGUUAGGGGUCGAGGAAAAAGGGCAACAGAUGUCCUUCCGUAUGACGCAUGAGUCGUUUGGCCCUUGGCUAGAUAGUACAGUGCCGUGUGCGUCUCUCUACCUUGCGGAAGUACAUCGUGUGUUACGAAAAGCUAACCCCGUCGCCCGAGAAAACUAGAACCGGUUAGUAUAUUCUUCGCGUCGUUCGUUACGACGUUCCCGUGAUUCAUUGUAACGAUCGUAUCAACCGUUUUCAUCGCCUCUUAUGCCAGCACGUUUUGUUGCCUGAACGAACAUAAUCGCAUUAUUGGCACCGCGUUCGUGAUUGGCUGAAUUUAAAUUGUUUAGCAGCUAGCCUAAGUGACGUCACUUUGGGAGUACAGCAAUUUUCACGUGUAUCAUUCCCGUUGUAACGCGGCAUUUGAUUCAUAAUUACGAUUUGAAGGUUAUCAGCUCGAGGAUGAUCAGUCUUAAUAUUUGGAAUAAAGUAUAGAGUCACGAUAAGUACGGGAAUGUGCGAGAUCGUAAAAGGGCAGCGUCGAACGUUUCGCGAUCAGGAUCCGCCGCGAAUAUGCGACAGCGGCGAGAAGAGUUUGAAAAGCGAACUGGAAUUCUCGAGGUCGACGCCGAACUCGCCGAUGGUUCCUCAGCGAGCGUCCGGGUUCGAGAAGUGCUCCAGCGAACCGGAAUCUCUCGAGAAGGACCGACCGAAUUGGAGAAAAGAGAGAGAAAAGUUGGUCGCCCAGGAAAGUGGCUCGUCCGAUUCCGUUCGAGGCUCGGACGACGGACUCGAGGCGAACGAGGCGAACGAGCAGCCGAAUUUGCCGAAAACAACCCCGGACAAUUUCAUCAAGGAGCUGUGUGCUAAAGUGCCUUCGUCGGGACGCCAAGAACGAGACGAUGAGGUGAUCGGUAACGGCGAAACGGACAGCUGUGACGGUUUAACAAACGGAAAGAAGAUGGCACCGGUGUUGGGUGUUCCGCCGCCGCCUCCACCUGCCCCACACAUGGGACCAGACGGGCUGAUCUUGCCGAGAAAACCGUACAAUCCUUACCUCACCUCUAGCAAUCACAAAGACCUUCGCAGGGAAUUAUUAUUCAAUCAGAAAGUCGGCAAGAACGUGCUGAAUCAGAAGAGCGAGCUCCAGCGAGCGCUCGAGAAGCACAGGGAGGCUGUCUCCAGGAAAGAAGCUGAAAGAAACCGAGAAGAGAACUUCAAAGACGAUCCGAGAUCCGCGUUGCAAAGGGCCAUCGAGCAGAGGGCGAAGCACAUCGAGAUGACAUUGGAGCAAUCGCAACCGACGACGGAACCACCGAGCAAUCUUUUGAUAACGGCGAGAGCGAAGCUGAGACCGCGCACAGACUCCCAAUGAAGUUACGAGAGAUUAAGAAAAAAGAGAGCUCGAUCGUGUGACGCGCGACGGUACACCGUCGUGUAAAGAAAAAGGCAACCAAAACUGUUGCCCCACGAACUUUCACCCAAUUUCCUAACCGCUGACCCUGUAUAUAAUAUAUCUAUUCCUGAUAACAUUUCCUUAGAAACAAAAGAGUUGCGAAAUUCGUCUUUGACGCUGAUGAAACCAUCGACGGAUUUCGCGUAGAAGAUAAUUGCCUUACUCUUCCGGUCGGAGACGGUUGCCUUUCAUCUCCUGUGCAACGUUAGGUCAGGGUUAGAUGAUUCGUGUAAGCUAGUAUUCGUUGGAUAUCCGAAAAUCUGCGGUAACUCGGAAGCAAUUGAUGUUGGUGUGCGUGUAUCGAGUCGUCGCGAGAGCGAUAACGGGUCAAGGCGAGGUCGACUUGCCUAUCGUGCCUGAAAGACGUGCUGCGUCCUCGUCGUUUCGCCUAGUUAUCCAAAAAGGAAUAAAGUCGAGGUUCGCGACAAAUACGUAGAUCUUCUAGAUGAGAUGUUAGGCUUGUUUGAAAUCGCCGAGUCGAUACUAUUUUGUUACGUGCUCGCGCUUCCUCAAAGUGUCCUCGUGCAAAGGUGAAAUUAAUGUAAGAGGUCAGUUAUGAAUAAUUAGACAAGGAUCCGAACGUAAUGUGCAACGCUAAGUGUCCGACGUUAGCUUACAUCGUGCCUGACUAUACUAAUUGUAAGAAUUUACUUACAAGAAUAACGGAGUACAGAUUAGUUUUGCCACAAUAGACGGAACGAUAGAAUUCAGUAUCCCUGGGACCAUCGUAGCUAACGGUUACAAUGAAAGAUAUUCGAUAGGUUGAUAUAGCAGCAUUUAUUACACCCCAGUGUUUAUAGUUGAGAAAAUGAAUGAAAUAUACAUUCUUAUAAUGUAUAUUGUUGCACUAUAUGUACUGUUCGAAACAACAUGUUCGCGUUGAUUGUGAUCGUUCGAUGUAGCAGGUUCUCUAUUGGUAACGAUGCAUUUUAAACUACAUUCUAUCACAUCGAAAACGUAAUGAUGAUGGUACUUGGAAAAGUAACGCUAAAUUCCAAUCGGUGCGGAAACCAAUCGUAAUUUUAGAACUAUCGUCACAUUUGUACAAUUCAAAUAUCAAAUAUAUUUUAUUCAACACCA